AACUGUGGGAGGCUGCUUACUGUCAAACUCAUCCCAUUUAACUUGCUUACAAUUCUAACCACACGCCACCUUUUUUGUCUUUGACUCUUCGUUACACUUGCUCUCUCCUGCUGUCUGUAUCAUCCCAUGAAGAAAAACAACAAAACAGAAGGGUUGGGAGAAAAUCAACGAGAGAAAGAUCAAGGAAGUAGGAGAGACAGAAAGGGGGAAUAGAGCAUGUGUUGAGCACUGGCAACUGGCUGCUUGGACAAAAUAUAGGGGCAAGAACGAGGAGACAGCUGACCAGCUACAAACAAGAUGGCUACAGUCUCCUCUGAUUUAAAUGUUGAGGGAUCUUGUCCAAACAUGCGGCGCCUGUUGUUGAUGGGAUUCAAGGGCUCGGGGAAAACCUCAACAAAGAGUAUGAUCUUAAGGCAAGAGAAAAGUCCAUCUGACCAGUCCUUAACAGAGCAACAGCCUUGGAUAGAUAUUCUUAAAUGGAGACUGCUGGUCAUUGACACCCCAGGAUGGCAACUGGAAAGCGAAGACACUGAUGAGAGGGACUCGGAGAACCACCAAUCCAUCGUUGAUCAGUGCUCUCCUGGACCCCACGCUCUGCUGUUGGUGGUUCCUAUUGGAGCACCAUUCACCGAGCACCACUGGCAAAGAUUGUGGGCUCAGGUCAGGGCUCUGGGAGCAGGGAUAUGGCGUCACACCAUGGUUUUGUUCACCUGUGCAGAUCAGUUGCCUAAAGACAGCGGUGUGGAGGAAUUUAUUGUGGAUGGAGGGGCAGCACUACAGAGGCUGGUGGAGAGGUGUGGCUGCAGGUACCAUGCAGUGGAUAACACCUUGUUGGACAGCAGCGCUCAGGUUGGCGAGGUUCUGCAGAAAGUGGAGGAGAUGGUGCAGGAGAAUCAGGGCUGGUUCUUUGAAAUGGAAAGGCCAAGCCUUAUGUUUGAAGAUGAAGAGAUUCAAGGGGAACGAGAAGAGGAUGCAGUCACAGAAGUGGAGAGGACACAGGCAAUGUUUAGAUCUCCUCCAAGAGAGUUACGGGUGCUGUUAGUUGGGUGGCGUGGAGCUGGUAAGAGCUCCGCAGGUAACGUUAUGUUGGGCUGUCGUGUGUUUGAACCUGGACGGCCCACCGAGGUAUCUGUCCGUCGGCAAGCGUUCGUAGAUGGUCGGCGCCUUACGAUCGUCGACACACCAGGCUGGGAUUGGUUCUCGGUCCAUCGCACACCCAGCGACAUAAAAAAGGAAAUCAAACAAGGGGCAGGACUUCUCCAUCCAGGCCCACACGCACUCUUAUUGGUCAUCCCAGUGGUUUCCACCCUAACUCCCAAAAAGAGGCAGGCCCUCAAGAACCAUUUGGAAAUGUUCGGCGAGGAAGCAUGUCAACACACGUUGGUGCUGUUCUCAUGUGGCGACUGGCUGUAUGGCACAACAAUCGAAGAUCAUAUCCAACAGGACGGAGGUGAGCUGUUGAAACUUAUGAAACAUUGUUGGAACUGUUAUCAUGUCCUGGACUCUACCAAAGCCAGCAAGGACAAGACCCAGGUGACUGAACUAUUGCAGAAAAUAGAGGAAAUGGUGGCAGAGAAUGGACAGAAACCUUUCCUACCGGUCAAGCUGAACCAGGAACUAGACGAGGAAGAAACAAGUGGAAGAUGCAUUCUGCAAUGAUGAAUAAGACCAUGGUAACUGCACGUUUGAACUUAAAAAAAAGUCAAUAUAACUGAAUGGGAAAACAAUUUAACUUAUGGAUCCCAACACAAUCAGUAUUCUCAUUCUGCACCAUUCAGACUGGUUGAAUUUCAUCUUGAGGAACGGAAAGUCACAGAUUUUUAACUCUAAUGUAUGUCCAGUAUGUUUUAAUACUCAGUAUUACAUACACAGAACUACAACGUAAUUUUUUUCUCAAACCAAAAUGGUCACUCUCUUUAGGUUUUUCAUCUAUGGUAGAAACACAUAGCACUUACUGAUGACAUCAUAAACACUUUUUUAACCCAUCGCUGUGAAUCACAGACCACAAAUUAAAGUAAUUCACUUCUUGGGUCUAUGAAAAUGGUGGCUUUUUCAACAGACAACUUUUUAAAAAUGUAAUUCUUUUUUUAUACCAAAACUUAUACGGUAGUCAGAUGAUAGUUAACCUCUUAACGUUAUAAAUCAGCUUAAAUGACAGCUCAAUGUAUUUUAUAUUUUUACUACAUUACAAAAAAAUGCCUGUUCUGCUUUUUUGUCACUGGUGUUACCUAUAUUUUAGAUGACAAUUCAGGCUUCCCAGAUUGUAAUUUGACUAUUUAAUUUGCAUACAUAAUUCAAGACAGAAAAAGUUAAUGUCAUAUUAAGAAAUUUGAUUGGUCUUGAUAAGUAAUAAUUAACUUUAAACAGGCAUGCGUAAGGUUCUAUUGUGUGACCUUUUUCUAUUUCUACCAUUGUUUUUUGUUGUAACAUUAGAAAUAAUUGAGGUUGAGUGAGCAAAAUUUUAUGAAGAUAUCCUUAAAAUGCUUACUAAUGAAUGCAGCAACAGUUAAGUAGAUACAAAAACCAUAUUCUAUGAAACUGGACAACUCUGAUUCCAGAAAACCAAUAUGCCAUGCGGUAACACCAGUGACGCAAUGUAACACCAGUGACACAAAGUGAAACCAAUGACAAAACAUACAAUUAUUAUGUGUUUACAAUAUGAAAUGCUAACAAGUCUGUAUUAAUAUAAUUUUUGAGGCUUUUAUGAAACCUUAUGUUGAUAAAAAAGUUAGUGGUUUUAUUGAUUGUCACUGGUGUUAUCGUGAUGUCACUAGUGUUACCAUUUUUUAUUGUACUGACCGUGUUCUACAAUAUAUAUAAAAAAUUGUUUGCAAUAUAACUGUCUUACAUGUUUUAUUAAUAAUAAAUUUUAAACAUAUAUUUUAAUUGUUUUUCCUGGCGGUUGAGGCCGGGACAGGAAAGCCACCAUUUUCAUAGAAUGACCCUCUUACUGAAAUGUUGUAUUUGUUAACAUUAGUUUAUGCCAGCAGAGCUAACAUUAACAAAGAUUUAUAAAUGCUGAAAACUAUAUUGCUCAUUGUUAGUUCAUGUUAGCUAAUGCAUUUACCAAUGUUAACAAAUACAACCUUAUUGCAGUGUAACUAAAAUAUUGACAGCAUCACAUGCAUAAAAUGUUAUCAAUGCAGGUGAUUUGCUAGUGUUGUAAAAAUGCAUGAUUGAUAACAGACCUAAACAGUUCCAUCCAUGACCAUUGUCAUUAUUCAUAUGCUAUAUUAUACCGUACUUUUUGCAGUUAGGGUUAGGUGCAGUUGUACUGUAUUAUAGCUAUUUUGCACACCUGAAAUUCUUAAUUAUAUAGCUCCUGGAUUCCUCAUUUGUUGAUUAUUCAGGGUUUUUGAAUUUAAUGACUGAUAAUCAAUAAUCUCAAACUGUGAUGACAACAUUGUAUUUUGCCUUGAUGUAUGUGAAUUCAACAAAUCAUUGUUACUAUAGUUUAGUAAUAGCCUAUGCACCAACCUGCAAUAUGCCAUGGGAAUGAACGUUCUGAGCUACAAAAUAUUGCUUGACUAAAAUCUGACUUAGGUGAUGGAUUUAAAUUGUUCUCACCUUAUUUUCAUAUUAAUAAAGAACAUUAAUUUUACACUAAUACAUGUGCAUUUGUAUUUAACUGUAUUUACCCAAAAACAUUUUUAAAUAUUGCUUUGGAAGAAAAUAUUAAGUUAAAUCAGAAGUUUAGUUUAUUAAAUCCAAAUAUGCUUAUUGAAACAAAAAAAAUUGAAAAUGGGAGUCAAUAAUGUGUGUUUUUCCAAGUUUAUUAAACAAAAACAAUUUACCCUGGGUGAUAAACAAUGAAAGGCAUCUAUCAUGACAAAAUAGUUCUAUAUGCAAUUCAUUACGUACACACCACACCAUUUCUACAUAUACAUUAUGACUUAAACAGGAA